CAAUUACCAAUGGAAGUUGGAAGAAGAUGGCAGCAUUAGCGGCCUCUGAAAAUGAAUUGAAUAUUUUGCCUUACGUUUACGAGGUUAUGAAAAGGUAUUUUUAUGUAAUUUUAUACAGACUACUGACAAUUUAUUUAAAUUGUUGAACGUAACAUGAUUUUCUGAAGCUGUCUAGAAGCUUUCAAAGUCUCACGCUGAUCAUGAUCAAGCUUUAAAUUUUAAAUUAAAUAAAUUAUCAGAAUUAAAUUGGCAUGGCAUGGCAUCGGCUCUGAAUGUGUUGCCAAAAUAAUUAAAUAUGUGAACCUCCAAACGCUGCCGGUCCCAAAUUCAAAACAGUACUAGGCUGAUAUUAAGGAGGGAUGUCACGGUGUCUUUUGUGUGUUUAUUAUAGUUGAAUUAGGGUUUAGGUUAGGUUGAGGGAUCGAUUUACAGUUCAGGUUAGGCAUAGGGUGAUAGGGAUCGAGUUAGGGUUAGGCAUAGGGAUCGAUUUAGGGUUCAGGUUAGGCAUAGGGAUCGAUUUAGGGAUACAUUCGUGAAAUUUGAUAAAAAUGUGGCAUUCGUCCUUAAACUUAAAAUUUACCCACUACUAAAUCGCAUUGAAUGAGCAGUUGCUCAAUGUGAUAAUUGUUAAUCAAUAACUUCAAAUGACAAAAUCCUGCUAAAGUUGACAAGUUGUCUUUUUGGUAAUUUAAGAGAGAGCGGCCUACGUCUAUUUCCAUGGCCGCCAUCUUGGUUGCCUCGACCCGCGCACUUUUACGUGUUCACGGGUCGGGGCAACCAAGAUGGCCUGGAAAAAAUAAAAUAAUUCACGUUUGCUAAAAUUAGGAUGAAAAUGUUAAAAAUUUUAUGAAAAAAUUGUCUUAAAUAGAUCCCUAUGCCUAACCUGAACCCUAAAUCUAUCCCUAUGACUAACCUGAACCCUAAAUCUAUCCCUUUGCCUAACCCUAAAUCGAUCCCUAAACCUAACCUGAACCCUAAAAACUAGCCGUAAAUCCACAAGUAAAAACAUGUGGAAUUUCACACUUUGGCAAGAAAACUAUAAAAAUUAACAAAAAAACAAUUAAAAAAAGGGCCCCGAAUAAUUAAAAAAUAAAGAAAUAAUGAAAAUUCAACUUACAGUUUCAUGAAAUACACUUUUACACACUUUAUUUCAGGUUGCAACGAAAAUAUAGCCACAAAAUGAAUAAAUCUCCACACCCCACAGGCACCCCAAAGAUAUCAAAUAUGGCGGAACAAAAGAAAUAUGAUAAUGAACCAACCAAUGAAAAUUCUACAAUUAUAAUUAAUCAACCAAUAAAAUUUUAAUUCCGAAAAUGUAACUCUUUUAACAAAAAAUAACAAAAAAAUAAGGGGAGUGAAUCCAAAACAAAGUCGUCGUGGGCUGCUGAAUCUGAAACAGCCAUCUUUUUUUAUUGUUGUGAAAGGACCACUGUGGAGAGCACACAAGUACUAGUAGCUUGGAAACUGGCCAUGGUAAAGGUUUCUUAAAUAGUCAGUGUUGCAAAUAUGUGACGAUUGGGAUGGGGGAUCCAAUAUAUCAUCCAUAAUUGUGGGCAACAUUGAUUGAAGGAUCGCCCCUUAAUAGAAAAUGGGCAGUGUCUACACGUCCGGACGAAUGCUAAAAAAAUAAUAUGAGCAAUGUUCCCUCUAAGGUUUGUUCGUUCGUGUGCAAAAUCAUUCAGUUGUGUGCAAAGUUUUACAGCAUCAAUUUUUUUGUGUGCAAAAUUUUACAGCCCACAAACACAAACAAACACUUACAUGGAAAUUUGCUGCGCGGAUACUCAAAACUGCUGCGCAGUGUCUGUGAGAUAGCUGCACGGCCGCGGCUUAAAGGGAACAUUGAUAGUGAGGGUGAUAAAUAAUAAAUUUUAAGGCCGGGAGGCCAAUAGCUCACAAAGAAAUCGACCCUACAUCUUAAUAUAGGGCCGAUAUAGUAGUAGCCUAGCCUACUUCUCAUGCAAAAUAAAAUGAGUAAAACAGAGUAUGGUUAAACCUGAAAAAUUAAACGCAACAAAACAGCGAACGUGUCGGCAGAAAGCCUUCGUCAGCGAACAAAACAACAAUGUUGUUUUGUUCGCUGACGAAGGCUUUCUGCCGACACGUUCGCUGUUUUGUUGCGUUUAAUUUUUCAGGUUUAACCAUACUCUGUUUUACUCAUUUUAUUUUGUACUAACCUGAUUGCAGUCUCUCCCCUUAUUACCUACUUCUCAUGCAAUACUGUUCAAUACUAAAUACUAUUCCUGAAAUACAAAUGCCGUCCUUAUUUGUAAAUUAAUUAUUUUUGAACAAAUGUUAAUUUAUGCUGAACUGACUUUGAGUUUGAACCAUGUUGAAUUUAAGAAGUAACUUUAUCUUUGAGAUUGUGUAAUACUGCUCUGAGAUGAUAUUUUACUAUUUUUGGAGUUCCAGGGUAACCAGGACUGUGAAACUCAAACUGUGACUGUCUUAAGACUGAAGAGUUUAUUUUUUACUUGUUAUCUCCCCUUGAGAAAUACGAUUAUCAAAAUCAGAGCCUAUUCUGAUAAUUAUUUAGUUAUAUUUUAUUUAUAAAUUUACUUAGACUUAGUAAGCUAAAUAACUUGUUAUUUGAAAUAAAUAAAUUUGUUACCAAGAUUUUUACAUUUCCUUUAAGAACACUACUUCAAUGACAGAGGUGGUUUCUAAAUAGCCCACCACAAAUGUUGUCAUUCAUAAAUGUCAAAAAGAUAGCUGGAUUUUUGUGUACAUUAAAUGUUUGUUUUAAGCUAGUUAAAGACAGUAUCCGAAUAAUAUAGGUCCUACGAAUAAUAAAGUAAUUUAACUUUCUUUUGUGAAAAUAUAAAAUUUAAUAAAGUUUAUAAAAUAGGUCUACAAUACUUAAAUUUUAUUGAUUUACUACACUAAAAUAGGGUUCAAACCCCUGCUGAUACUUAUGUUAGCUUCAUAAGACCUAGUUUAGGUUGUCUGGGUCUAGGGAUGUUACAACAGGUUUUUUUUAUCAAACUGGUUUUCAUAAUCCUGUUUUUAACCAGUUGUCACUUUUAACAAUCCAUUCCCAGCCGUACAAGGUCAGUGGUACAUGAAAUUUAACAAGAUUUUAAGUGACAGUUAAAAUUUUAUAUAUUAUAGAGCUACCAUUAAAAACUCUCUUCCCUGCACUAUUUUGAUUGCAAGUUUGUUACAAGUUCAAGUGAUUGGUUCUUGCGCAGUGUGUCAUAGUUACUUUACGCUUGCAAAGCAUGUGCUGAUGAAUCUAUAUCUAUUAACAGUCUAUUAAUUUUUUUACAAGAACAAACACAAAAAUUAGGCUGUAACUGUAAGUUAAAAUCCAUUUACCCAAAAAUGUCAGACCUCAGGCUCAUUAAAAAUAAGUUUGUAGUUUGAUAACUUUGGUAAUAUCUUUCCAUGUUGUCACUUUUAACAAUCCCUUCCCAUCAAGUUUUUCUGCAGAACACUUGAAUUGGCUUUGUGGGGGACCAGUAUAAUGUUGAGCAGGGAUUGAGAAACAUUGCUUUAACAGACCAUUUCUGUGUCUACAUUUUUAUUAUAUUAAUUAUAUGCCUUGUUUUCAAAAUUUUGCUUAUUAAAUUGGUGUGGAUAUAAAAUAAGCAAACUAGUAUUGGCUUACAUUUGAAAAUGGCUAAAGCAUGAAUUAGAUUAAAGGUAGUUGUUUAGCAUGUAGAUUAUAUUUAAAUGUUGUGCUAUUCUAAUCUUGCAGUAUUGAGAAAGACACAAGUGAUGUUGCUCAGAAGAUGAUAGAAUUGAAAUCUCAGUUUCAGAGAGCAAGAGAGUGUAUUGACCGACUGCCAGGAACACAAAAUAGCCAAGAGGAGCAGCUCAGAGUUAAAUCAAUUCUGCAUCAACAGCUUAUUGUCAAGACAAAGCUGUUAUUGGAUUUCAAAUCAGGAAGCAAUUUUCAAUUUAGCACAAAAAACAAUGGUGACAUCUCAGGGAAUGCCUAAAGCUGAUUGAACCAUUGCAAAAACUUUAAUCUUUAACUCUUUUUAUUGGUAUUUUUGUCAUAGAUUCUUACAAAUGGAAUCUGGGGAAAUUACAGAUAAAGAUUCUCUUCAUCCAAUUUUUACCAAAGAUUCACAGGAGUGGAUGAAACUGGUCAAUAAUGAAGUUCGGGCUUGUACUGAAGACGGACAAGAGUUCACUGGUUAUGUCUAUACCAUAGACCCUGUGUCAGAGUGUGUAGUUCUGGUAUCUCCAUCUGAGGAGAGUAAACCCCAGAAUAUUUCCAUGAAACUCCUCAUGGGCCCAUCCGUCAGGAGCAUUGAGGUUAUUUCUGGUACAACCAACAUGAUCAAAUCACAAUUUGAACAUCUAUUUAGACCAGUGGCUGAAGAAACAUUCACCAAUGAGGAAAUGAAGAUCAGAAUGCAAAGGCUCAAGUCAUGGUUGGAGCAGAAUAGGUUGCCUGUAGCAACAGGUGGCAUGGAUGGCCAAUUUUUGACUAUUGCAGAUGCCCUUACCAUACGACCUCCUUACACUGAAAACAGUUGUCUCAGUACUAAUGAAAUUAUUCUGUCUCGCAUACAAGGCCUGAUAAGAAGCAUGCCUUAAAAUGGCUAAUGGAGUAAAAUUAUUCAUCUUACAAUACUAUAGGACUAUGUUAAAUACAAAAUUUCCAGAUCUGAUUGUAUUUUUAGGAUAUAAGUUUCCUAAUUAAGUGUGUUGAAUUUUUUGAUACCGGUAUUAAUAAAGGGUUAGGAAAUAGAACUUCAAAAUUGUGGAGUUUUUUUUAAAUAAUAAUUAAUGUGUAUCUUAAAAAAAGAUUCUUAUAAUCUGUUUUGAUAGAUUUAUUUUAAGUUACCACUACCAAUGGUUAAUGCUGAAAAUUUUUCAGUUUUUAAAUGUGUUUAUUUUAUUUUUAAGUAAAAGGUAAAACAGAAUUUUUAAUUAUAAAUGAAUAAAAGAUUUUAUGGCACGUAAGGGUCUUUAGUUUUUUAACAAAAUUUGAGGCUGAAAUAAGAUUGGGUUCAAUACCAUGAAUCUAAAAAAUGAUGAUCCGUGGCUCUAAAAAAGAAGAGACAACAGUGGAGACCAUUUUAUUGUAAAACAUAAGACCUGCAUAUUUGUCCUUAAAACAUUUAAUUCAUUGCUAAUUGUUUGUUAAAUAAGCUUUAAAUGUGUUUUGAUUCACUGCAGUUGUUAAAAUCUUGCGUAAACUAGAUUCAAUAAUAAUAAUGAUGUGUUAUCUGAACUAGGUUAAAUAGGAUUGGAUGUAUUUUUAGUUCACAAGAUUCAAUAUGAUUGGACGUAUUUUGUGUAAGCUAGGUUCUUUAUGAUUGGAUGUCUUAUGUGUUAACCAGUUUCUAUAUGCCAACCUGUAUGGUUUACCCAUACUUUGUGCAGUUUUUCUACAUUUGCCAAGUUGUAUGGCGGUACAUGCUUUUGUGCAAUUUUUCACUGUAUUUAGAAAAUAAAUAUUUUUGCAUAAGACAAACAUUCAAAACUGGCGGUGCAAUAAUUCAAGAUGGAUAAAAAUAAGAAAAUUGUUUUCCCCCCUUGCGCAAAAUUCAGUUCAUGGAAAAGUUUUGGUAAAAUUUUAUUACCGGUAGCUUAAUAAUAUUUCUUAAAAACUAUGCAGUGUUACAGAUGUGAAAAUUGGUUAAAGGAUUUUUAUUUAGAUACUAACAUUCUGUUCCUUUUUUACGAUAUUAUAGUUCAGGAGAGAGGCAAAAGCUGGAGAUAAUUUUUUAUGAAGAUAUCAAUAUAUCAAAAUCCUUUAAUGUUACACUUUAAGGACAUUUUUUUACAAUUUUUAGAAAAAUAUGUUUACUAUUUGAUUAAGGGGAUUGAACAUAUAAAAUUAUAUAGAAGGUAAACAUGUCUCAAAAAGAAUUGAUGCUAUAAAUGUAAACAUCUAUACAUGGCACAUGGAUACCUCUUAAAAAAUAGGUCAAGUAUAAUUUAAUAGUUCAAGGGGGUGGAAAAUGUUCAUGAUUUUCCUUUUGAAAUCCUGUUUACAGUGACAUUAGUAAAAAAAAAAAAAAUGAGUAGACUUCCCAAUAGCAUGUAGCACAAUAUGCCUUCCAUUUAUACCCCGGUAACAUCGCGUCACAUCUAUUAGUUCGAUUUGACUAGUAAACCAUAAAUACAAACCUGUUUGUGUAUUUCGUAUGAAGAAAUCAUUUUUCUCCUUUUUCAUUUAAUACAGGAAACUGUAUUUCUAUAACUAUAAUUAACCUAAGAAUAAUUUUAAUGAAAUAUACAUUUCUGUCAAAUUUGUCAUCUGAUUACAUUUUAAAUACUAUCGAUCAGUGUAAAAAAAACUCACAAUUUUAAAAAAAUGCUAUUUUCAUUUAAAAUCUGCAAUCUUGCAAUUUAUAAAUGAUGUCAACAUGCUAAACUUUGUGUGCCUUUAAGGGGAAAAUAUUCAUUGCUUAUUAACAACGCAUUCAAACAUUGAUACAAAUGAUGAAAAAGUUCUCAUUCAAAACAUUGAUACAAAUGAUGAAAAAGUUCUCAAUUAUACUUUUCAUACUUUUCUUUUUUUUUUGUGUGCAGUUUUUUUUAAUUCCACAGGCUGGCAAGUAUGUGAUUGGAUAUCUUAUGUCUGAACUAUGUUCCAUUUGAUCAGAUGUUUUAUGUUUGACCUGUGUCUAUCAACAAACUACAUCAAUCGUAUAUGUUUUAUGAUAUUCCUCAUCCUGUCUUUCUGGGACUGGCAACAAAUUAAAACAUUUUUAACAUUUCAUUUUCCUAUUUUUUUGUCUUUUCUUUCCUCUCAGAAUAUAACAAUUAAAGAAAAAACAA